GAAGCGCAUGCGCACUUAUUCAAUAACAAUUGUUGAUAAUCAGCUGGAGUUAAGUAUUUUAUUUUGUUUUUUAUUUUGUUUGUGCUUUCUGCGAAAUAUUCCACACCGAAGCCCCGAGUUCUGGGGUACUGAAAUACAGCGUAACUAGCAUUAGGUGACGAUCUUACAUGAAGGGCUAAUGGAAGACGCUCGGGAUUUGGCGGAGCGCAGUUCGCGCCCGGAGCGCAAGAGGAGAGACUCGUUCGGGAUGUUUGAUGGCUAUGAGAGCAGCGAGGAGUCGAGCAGCAGCUCCAGCUCAGAGGACAGUGAGGAUGAAGUGCGCAGCAUCCCUGCCAGCCUGCCCAUCAUCAAGAACAAUGGCCAGGUGUACACCUACCCAGAUGGAAAGGCUGGGAUGGCGACGUGUGAGAUGUGCGGGAUGGUUGGAGUACGAGAUGCUUUCUACUCAAAAACAAAGAGGUUCUGUAGUGUGUCCUGCUCCAGAAGCUACUCCUCCAAUUCUAAAAAAGCCAGUAUACUGGCAAGACUUCAGGGUAAACCACCAACGAAAAAGGCAAAGGUCUUACAAAAACAGCCUCUAAUGGCAAAGUUGGCAGCUUAUGCACAGUAUCAAGCAAAUCAGCAGAGCCAAUCUAAAUCAAAAUCAGUGGUUCCUGUUGAGGGCUUUGACUGGGGUCAAUACAUUUGUAGCAAUAACCUGGUCGGAGCGCCAGUAAGCUGUUUUAAGCAUGUACCCAUGGGUACUUUUUGGGGUGACAUCACUGAGGGUGUGAGGGUAGAGGUCCUCAAUUCUGACACACACCUCUCUACCAAAGUUUACUGGAUAGCAGGGAUUGUUAAAUUGGCAGGUUUUAAAGCACUUCUACGAUAUGAGGGAUUUGAUAACGACUCGAGCCAUGACUUCUGGUGUAAUCUCUGUAUACCAGAAGUCCAUCCUGUUGGAUGGUGUGCCUCAAAUGGAAAACCCCUGGUACCUCCCAAAUCAAUCCAACAUAAGUGCUCUAACUGGAAAGCAUUUCUUGUGAAGCGACUCACUGGAGCCAAAACUCUCCCACCUGAUUUUGCUACUAAGGUUCAGGAGAGCAUGCAGUACCCAUUUAAGAAGCUAAUGCGAGUAGAGGUGGUUGAUAAGACUCACCUCUGCCGGACACGUGUGGCCCUGGUGGAGCAGGUGAUCGGCGGUCGUUUGCGACUGGUCUAUGAGGAGAGCCAGGACGGCACAGAUGACUUCUGGUGUCACAUGUACAGCCCACUCAUCCAUUCUAUUGGCUGGUCGAGGAGUAUUGGACAUCGCUUCAAAAGAUCUGAUGUGUCAAAGAAAAUAGAAGGCCUGGCAGAUGCCCCCUCACAGUUAUUUAUGAAGGUGAAGGAUGUGGACCAGAGUGGGGAAUGGUAUAAAGAUGGCAUGAAGUUGGAGGCAAUAGACCCUCUUAAUCUUUCAGCUAUAUGUGUUGCUACUGUAAGAAAGGUGUUAGCAGAUGGUUACCUCAUGAUUGGGAUCGAUGGCUCAGAGGCAGCAGAUGGGUCCGAUUGGUUCUGCUAUCACUCCACCUCUCCUUCCAUCUUCCCUGUAGGAUUCUGUGAAAUCAACCACAUUGAGCUCACACCCCCGAGAGGGUACAACAAACUGCCAUUCAAAUGGUUUGACUACCUCAGAGAAACAGGUUCAAUAGCAGCCCCUGUGAAGCUCUUUAACCAUGAGGUCCCAAAUCAUGGCUUCCGUGAAGGGAUGAAGCUGGAGGCAGUAGACCUGAUGGAGCCACGCUUGGUGUGUGUUGCCACUGUGACCAGGAUCAUUCACAGACUCCUGCGCAUCCACUUUGAUGGCUGGGAAGAUGAAUAUGACCAGUGGGUGGACUGUGAGUCUCCUGACCUUUAUCCAGUGGGCUGGUGUCAACUCACUGGCUACCAGCUACAACCACCUGCUGCACAAACCACAAGAGAAACACCUCCUAAUGUGACAAAGCAGAAAAAGAAAGCUCAGCAGUACAAAGGACAAAAGAAAAAGAGGAAGAUUCCAGUUGGGAGGAGGCCGGUCGGGUUUGGUGGGUCUCUGAGGAGGAGCAGUUUCUCAGACGAUGAAGAGCAGACUCGACCCCAUUACGUGCCACACCCAUCUGGGUCCAGGCGACCUCUCACCUCAGGUGUGGGGCGUGAUUGCUCUCUCAACUCAGAGGCCUCGCUGCAGCUAAAGGAGGAGACUCCAGAGGUGGACGAGUUCACUUUCUCGCAGGGCAUCUCGGACCAAGAGAGCAACGGCUCUGGCAGUUAUUACAUCAAACAAGAUCCAUGAGCCCCGGCCCUGAUGGAGCCUUACCUCACUGCCAACAGCACUGGAAGAGCCCAUUCAGAGCGAUGCACACAGGACCUGGGAGAACAGGGUCACUUUUUUCCUCUUCCACACCAGGUCUUUUUCUUUUCAGGUAAGAAAAGCUGACGAAAAGACAGUUCAGUAACAGUUUUGCAAGAUCGAUAUAAUGGGGAUUUUCUUUGGAAUGAGGAUAUUCUUGAUUUCCUGACUUUGAUCAAUUUGCCAGAUGGACUUUUUCCUCAGUGUUCAUUGUACUUGAAGUUUAUUUUUAUUAUUUUUUGUUAUUUUUGUUUUGUUUUUUCUUGUAACAUUUUCAGUAACAUUUUCAAGACCAUGUGUCUCAUGCGCUGAUUUAUUUCAAAAGCCCUUUUAUUUGGAUGGGUGUGCAUUCUAUAAGAGCAGUAAAAAUCUAUAUUGAUCUAUAUUGAUAAAGUAUAACCAUAUAUCUAUGACAUAUUAACUAAAUAGUAGAAUAGUGGAGCAAGGGUUAAUAUUACAUAUUGGUCAUAAACUUUCCUGGUAAGAAGAGGUAUAGCCUAAUGGAAAACACUGUCACAUUUUGCACUACAGGGAUGUAAAAUUUAAAUGUGUAUCAGCCUGUGAAAAUGUUGAAGUUACAGCUUUAUCGUAGUAAGUGGCAAACGUACAAGAUGUAUAGUGGCUGAAAACUACAAAAUUGAGAGAGGGAAUAUUUGCUCUACUCAGCAUUAUGAUAUGCAAGAUCAUUUGUUUGAUAUGAAGCCAAUGCUGAUUAUGUAUUAAUCUCCUGGAGCCAUUUUUUAUAAUCUGGUUUAAGUAUUCAAUGAGCCACAGAAUAAAGCAUAAGUAAAUUACAUGAUUACCAACAAAACACUACCUUGCCAUUAUGUUUGAUAAAGUAGCACAGCAGAGGAACUUUGGAAUGAGACUUCUGAUCAUGCUGUUUUUGUAUAAUGUGAGAUUUGAGUUAAUCUCUGAUCAUUAUGAUGCCAGUUUACCAGCCUCUCUGCUUGUGUACCAAACCAAUGAGCGAUUAAGCCUAUCCUGAGAGCAAUCAUCAGUCUGAUGUAUUUUAACCAUAACAUUCAUUCCAGAAUAAAGGUUUUUACUACCUCUUAAAUCAGUUUUAAAUAUACAUAGGUUAAGGGUUCUUGUGUAAUCGAGUUGGUUUUGUUGGUUCUCUAACUAUACCUUAUUACAAUAGAUAGUUUUCACGUACCAUUGGAAGGACUAUAAUUCACCAUAUGCAAAAUAAGAGUUAAUAAGUUCACAUGCACUUGGGCAAACCAUAUAUUACACUUUACAAGUUACCAAACAUUUAUAUUUGUAACAUAGCAUGUUAUUGACAGAGUCCUUAAAAUGAAAGAAAAGAUAUGCAAUAAUACAGUAAUUCUAUGUUUUACGAUGUCUUAUUCUUAAAACAAAAAAAAAGACACAACACAUAAAUAUAUGCUUACAUUCUAUAGAUCUAAAUCAGAUAUUCUUACAAUAUAUUGCAAAACUGUGACAAUUUUAUAGAAGCUAGACUUGAGCUUUCCCUGUUAUGGCAUAUGUUGAGUGUAUACAACCUAACUGUUAUAUAGAAAACAACCAAUAUUGUUUGCAUAGUGAUUUAUCAUAAUAUAAUUAUAAUCUCUAUCUAGUACCAGUAAGGCUGUUGGUGAAUUCUCAGGAAAUCUUGCAUUUCAUUGGCUUUUUAUUUGGAGUCUUUUGCUUUGUUAUAUUAUUGAAUCAAGUUUUCUUCAUAUUGACGAUUGAUGUGAAUAUCUUUUUUUUCUAUAUUUACUUUCACUUGCAGUACCUCAUGGAAUAAUGCAGAACUCAGAAGCUAAUCAGAUUUUUUUUAGUCUGUACUUAUCAUAAAUCCCUAUUACUCGAGUCCUGAAAGACCAAAGCACUGCAUAGUUGGAUGUUUUUUCCUGCUCUCUUACACCUGAUUUAGGUCAUGAAGGCCUUGAAUCAUGUGGAAUGUGGAAAUCUCCAAAGUGUGCAGUAACCUGGACUUUCUUGAACACUGAUGAAUAACUGAUAUGGACCCAUUUACACCUCACUGUUAUGUAGAGUUUAAAAGGA